AUGGCGACCAACGAACAGCCUAUACCUGUCGCCACCGAUGGGAAGGUGAAUCAGCAGAUCACCAUCACCGGAACUGAUAGUGAAGUAACCGAUAUUGAACACAACGAUCCGAGGUCAUACAAGUCGUCGCCAUGGAGGAAGUUUGUGGGCAUCUUCUGGGACUCUGUCGAUGGCUCGCCGAAGAGGAGGCGGUAUAUUCAGAAGCUGGACACAUAUCUCCUUUCGUACAUUUGUCUGGGGUACUUUAUCAAGCAGAUCGAUCAGACUAAUAUGAGCAAUGCAUAUGUCAGUGGCAUGAAAGAAGAUCUCGAGCUAUACGGCAAUGAGCGAAACUGGCUCAACACUUACUUCAACGUCGGUAUCAUUCUCGGCACUCUCCCAGCCCAAAUGAUCCAGCUCCGUUGGGUGAGGCCCUCAAUCUGGAUCCCCUGCUGCGAACUCUUCUGGUCCAUCUUCGUCAUCGGCAUGGGCUUUGCCAAGAAUGUCGAGACGCUCUACGUCCUCCGCUUCUUCGUUGGAUUUGCGGAGGCAUGCUGCUUCCCAGGCUUUGCCGCUUUACUUGGAGGCUGGUACGGACCCAUGGAGCUUGGUAAGAGAGCGGGUCUCUUCGAGCAAAGUAGUGCGAUUGGUGAGAUGGUGUCUGGAUACCUUCAGGCCGCGCUGUAUACUGGACUGAACGGCACGGCGGGUAAAGCUGGAUGGCAGUGGAUGUUCGUCUUUGAUGGGAUUAUUGGGAUUCCGAUUGCGAUUUGGGGAUUGUUUGCGAUUCCGGAUCUGCCCCAUACGACGAGGGCGUUUUACUUCGGCAAGGAGGAGAAAGAGUACGGCAUUGAACGGGUGGAGUCUUUUGGUCGGGCACCGCCGGAGAAGUUGACGUUCAGAUCUAUCGGGAGGGUCUUCACGAAUUGGCGACUUUGGGCGUUUGUGCUGCCGUAUCUUAUGGUUGGACAGGCAAAUGGUGGUACGAGGUACUUCAAUCUCUGGCUUAAGGACAAGGGUUACAGCGUUGUCGACACGAACACGCUGCCCACCGCUGGAAACGCCCUCAGCAUCGUCGCAGCCAUCGGCUUCGGAGUCGCAGCGGACUACACCGGCCAUAACGCGAUCCUAAUCGUAGCCGUUGAGCUCCUGGUCAUCGCAGCGAACAUCAUCCUCUCGGUCUGGUACGUCCCCAAUCCAGUCAUCCUCUUCGCCAAUUACCUUCUAUACGUUGGCUUCGCCGCACAGCCAAUUGUCAUUGCCUGGGGACAUCAUCUGGCCGCGGCGGAUCCGAAUCUGAGACAAUUACUGGUGGCGACCGGAAACGUCAUCUCGUACUGCUUCAAUGCUUGGCUACCGCUUGGAUUGUUCCCGACUUACGAUGCGCCGAAAUACGAUUAUGGGUAUCAGAUCCUUAUCUUGUUCUCUGUCCUGGCGAUCGGUGGCACGGUAGCCAAGAAAGCCAACACUGUGCCGAACCCUAUGCGGGCCCUACUCGCUUUCGCUUUCGCGCUGGGCACAUAUGCAGGUACAAAUGCCCAAGCACCAGCACCAGCCCCAGCUCCAGAGACCUACGCCAUCAUGCCUCUCCAAACCAACACCACACCCUUCCCGCCCACCUCCAUCGCCUUCGUGGCAAAACACCCAGACAUGUCCUUCGAAGACUUCAAGACCCAUUACGAGACUCAACACAUCCCGCUGUUCCUCUCGCUCGUGGACGGGUCCAGGUACAUCGAAUCUUACAUCCUGCAAUACGCCCCUCGCAACGAGACCACAACGAAACCACAACUUUUCACCCCACCCCAAGGCAGCGAGGACUGGGAGUAUGAUGCGAUAGCGAGUAUCGUGUAUAAGAGCCAGGAGGCUUAUGAGGAGUUGGGUAAGAAGUACGCGGAGCAUUAUGAGACGAUCUCGGAUGACGAGGCGAAGUUUAUUGAUCAGGCGAAGUUGAGGGCUGUGGUUGUGAGGGAGGGUGAGAUUACCCAGUUUGUGUUGAAGUGA